UUCUCCUUCCAACUGUAUUCUAACAGCCCCUCUUUAUAAACAUUUCCCACCUCCCUCAUUCUCCUUCCAACUGUAUUCUAACAGCCCCUCUCUUUAUAAACAUUCACCACAAACUUACUCGCAAUUAAUAAUUAGGCUUUGGAGGGAGGGAGAAUGGAGUCCGUGGCAGCAAAGCCAAACAGCGCCGACUUGUUCACCAACGGCGGCGGUGGCGGCGGCGGGGGGCACUUCCAGAUGCCGGUACACUACCCUCGCUACAGCAAGGACGACUACGAGGCCAUGCCGGAGUGGAAGCUAGACCGCUUGCUGGCCCAGUAUGGGCUUCCAGUCGCCGGCGACCUUGCCGACAAGAGGGGCUUUGCCAUCGGUGCCUUCCUCUGGACCUCAUCCUCCAUCGCCGGCGGUGACUGAUGCUUUGAAUUGAGGUGACCCAUUCAACAGUUGACUGUGUGCUGCUAUAUAUAAAGAAGGCGAUAUUAUGUGAUAGGUUUAUGAUUAAUUACAUGGUUUAUUGAGAUCGAGUGAAACAAUUACUUCUUCAUUCAUUAUUUAAACACCACAUUUUGAUAUUAUUGUAGCAUCUUGACAAUGAUAUCUUAGUUUUAGAUCAUUGAUGUAGACUAAGUUCAUGGCAACAGAUCGUUUAACUAAAAAAAAGCAUUUAGAUUCAAACAAUUGGAGCUACAAAAUUAAGCCUCCACAGUAGAUGAAUAACAAUGUUCAGUCUAAAAAUAGAGCCAUCAACUCUUUACCAUUCAAAUAGAGCAAAAAUAUAACAAGGAAGCAUCGCGUACUUCGCCCAGUAACUGAAAAAAAAAAUGCUCAAAA